UUGCUUCCGUUUCCGCCGCCGUUUUUCUCUUGCCUUCCCCAUCGACGGAGAACCUUUCGCCGGCACCGGUGGAUUCCCGGCGAGAAGGGCUUUGGAUCGUCUAUUAAGAUUUUGAUUCUUCGCGGAAAGGAUCUUGUUUGUUUCUUGGAUUUGUGGCUCUGAUAGGCACUGGUGAUCGUGAUUUGGGGGGGUGGUGGAGUGGAGGCAUCCUAGAUCUUAGAUCGAACUUGGAAACAGAGGCCACUGAGAGAAAUCUGGGUUUGCAUUGAUUUCAUUCUUGGUUGUUUGAAGAGGAUGGCAAAUCAAGGGGCAAAGAAGAGAAAGGAGGAGAACAAGCAGCAUAUGGUCAAGCUCCUCCGACUCAUUAUCGCCUGCAAUGUUAUUUAUGUUUUGGUGCGGAUGCUUAUCUUUCAUUCAACUUUUACUUGGAAGCAUUGGAUUGGUCUCUUUGUGACAUCUCUUGCCUAUGGAAUUUCAUACCAACAACUUGCCAACAUGGCAAAGCCAACAUAUUCGAACAAUGGAGAACUAGUGGAUGGUGGUUUUGAUAUGAGCACUGGAGGAGUUUGUGGCUACCUGCAUGACGUCAUCUACAUAACAAGUUUCGUGCAGGUGACCUCCAUUAUUUCGGGUAAAUUUUGGUGGGUUUAUUUAGUGAUUCCGGCUUUUGCUGCAUACAAGAUUCUAGGUUUCGCAAAAGGUUUCAUGUCACUUGGCUCUGAGGGCGAUACAGAGGAUGAAAAAAGUCGGAAGAAAAGGGAGAAGAUGGAGAGGAGAGCUUCCAGAGGCAAAUUCAUCAAGACAAGAACCAAAUGAUAUCAUUCAUAUAUGACUGGGGUUCUUUGCUUGAGCAAUGAAAUGGGAAUAACACGUCAAAGUCCCUGAUACUUGUAUCUUUGUAUGAGAGGCUGAUAAGUGGUUAAAGAUCCAAUGCAACAAAAGAUACAAGUAGUAGGCAUUACACUGAAUUAUCUUUUUAACCAAAUCUUAGAACUACUUUGAACUUUUACUUGUUUAAACCAUUCAUGUUGAUGAUUUAAUUAUGGAAUACAAGUCUCAUACUUUAUAUA